AAGCUAUAGCGCGUAGCCACAGCUCGUUCCGUAAGGUUAGCCGCGUGGGCGCGCGCUAAACUCGUUCUCGUGUAGUGUUCCUGCAAGCCGAGGCAGCUAAAUCAGAGAGAGAGAGGAGACGGUGGGGGCGAUCGAGCUCGAGAGCGAAAGCGCCUCGGGGAAAGUUAGUGAGCAGCUUCGGCCGCCAUUACUGGGGAGAGCUGGAAUAGAUACCGGGGCGCGGGAGGAAAGUACGGAAUCCAGUUUGUGUAAAGCCGGCCUGAAGCACUGAAGAAGCUUUUUCUCAGCUUCGCGUUUCUCAGGAUUUUUUGCAGAUUUAUUCUGUCUCAGGAAGAGGAAAAAGGGAUCAACAACAGAAAACAUCUGCGCCGGAAGGAUUCAAAUUGGAGAAGAGCGAGAAGGAGUGAUGAGCUCUAGGAAUGUUGGUGUUGCUGUUGUUAGCAACCAUGUUAGGUAGGGGGUUCUGAUCAGUAAGCAGGGAGAAAAACACUUGAGACUUCCUGAGAAGUGUCUGGCUUGGUGUUAGACACCGGGGAUUGUUGUGACCGGCUAGAAGAAGGGGGCGAUGGUCCUUUUCCUUUGCCAGUGCCUGGUAGAGCCGAGAUUGAGAGUAGUUCCUAUUUUCCGGGCGAGAUGAGUUAACUGCUGUGCUCUAGACAGGUGAAGAAGGCCUUGGAGUUGGAGCUGGGUGUCAUUCGUAUUCGAGUUCUUGCUUUGGUCCUGCCACCAUUGAGACAAGGAAAAUGAAAUUGCAUCAUUUAUGUAGUUGGUUGAAGUCUGGAUGAAACAUGGGGAAGAGGUGUGUGAACAAGAAUUGGCAAUGUAAAGCAUAAAGCUGUACCAUGAGCUCAGGCUUUGGAAGAAUGACAUACAUUCUGUUGCAUUUGCAAAUGUAAAAAGAUGAAAGGAAAGGUAUGAUGGCUAAAAACAAAGAACCCCGUCCUCCAACCUACGUUCUUAGUGUGGUUGGAUUAUCUGGGACAGAAAAAGAUAAAGGCAAUUGCGGAGUUGGAAAAUCCUGUUUGUGCAAUAGAUAUGUUCGUCCAAAGGCAGAUGAGUAUUACCAAGAGCAUACAUCGGUGCUUAGCACAAUUGAUUUUGGAGGACGUGUUGUCAACAAUGAUCACUUUCUGUACUGGGGGGAAGUGCAGUACAGUGGAGAGGAAGGAAUAGACUGUAGAAUUCAGGUAAUUGAACAGACUGAGUUCAUUGAUGAUCAGACUUUCUCAGCCCAUCGAAGUACGAACUUACAGCCUUAUAUAAAACGAGCAGCUGCAACAAAACUACAGAGUGCUGAAAAGUUGAUGUACAUCUGCACUGAUCAGUUAGGACUGGAACAAGACUUUGAACAGAAACAGAUGCCAGAUGGGAAGUUAAAUAUAGAUGGUUUUGUACUUUGUAUUGAUGUAAGUCAGGGAUGCAAUAGGAAAUUUGAUGACCAGCUCAAGUUUGUGAACAACCUCUUUACUCAUCUGGGAAAAACAAAAAAACCUGUUGUUGUUGCUGCAACUAAGUGUGAUGAAUGUGUUGAUCAUUAUUUGCGAGAAGUUCAGGCAUUUGCAUCAAACAAAAAAAACCUCAUUGUUGUGGAAACAUCAGCACGAUGUAGCGUCAAUGUUGAACUUUGUUUUGCUGCUUUGGUUCAAAUGUUGGAUAAAACACGAGGUAAGCCCAAAAUAAUACCUUAUUUGGAUGCCUAUAAAACUAACAGGCAACUUGUUGCUACAGCAACAGACAAGUUUGAAAAACUUAUUGUGCAGACUGUAAAAGAUUAUCAUGCAACUUGGAAAACAGUUAGUAAUAAACUGAAGAAUCACCCUGAUUAUGAGGAGUACAUACAUUUGGAAGGCACAAAAAAAGCCCAGAAUACAUUUUCUAAACAUAUAGAGCAACUUAAACAAGCUCAUAUUAAAAAGCGUAGAGAGGAAUAUAUUAGUGCGCUACCAAAAGUACUCAAUACACUUUUUCCAAAUCUGGAAGAAGUUGAGCAUAUGAACUGGUUAGAGGCACAGAAAUUACUGGAAAAGAAAGAUGACUUCCUGUUUUGGUUUGUAGUGCUAGAAAAGACUCCUUGGGAUGAAUCUGAUCACAUAGACAAAAUGAAUGACAGACGAAUCCCAUUUGAUCUUCUUCAGACAUCUGAAUGUGAGAAAGUGUAUCAUAAUCAUGUACAACAUUUGAUAUCGGAAAAGAGGAGAGUGGAAAUGAAGGAAAAGUUUAAGAAGACUCUUGAAAAGUUACACUUUAUCUCACCUGGCCAGCCUUGGGAAGAAGUUGUGUGUUCAGCAAUGGAUGAUGAAGCUUGUAAAUUUAUCACAGAUUUUGACCGUAGGGAAGUUUAUAGUAGGCAUCAGCGUGAAAUUGUUGACAAAGCCAGAGAGGAGUUUCAAGAGAUGCUUUUUGAGCAUGCUGAAUUGUUUUAUGAUUUGGAUCUUAAUGCAACACCCAGCUCAGACAAAAUGACUGAAAUCCAUGCUGUUCUUGGUGAAGAACCGAGGUACAGAGCAUUGCAAAAGCUUGCUCCUGAUAGAGAAUCUCUGCUGCUUAAACAUAUAGGUUUUGUUUAUCAUCCCACUAAAGAAACCUGUCUUAGCGGUCAUAGUUGUGUAGAUUUUAAAGUAGAGCAAGUUCUUGCUAAUAGCCUUCUGCAGUUGGAUCAUGGUCGCCAUAACCUUUAUCAGGACACUGCUAAUAUAGAUAAAAUAAAUCUUUUUAUUUUAGGCAAGGAAGGGCUUGCACAUGAAUUAGUAAAUGAAAUUCGAGCACAAUCCACAGAUGAUGAAUAUGCAUUAGAUGGGAAAAUUUAUGAGCUAGAUCUUAAACAGAUAGAUGUAAAUUCACCAUUUUUUAUGAGUCAGAUAUGGACUGUACCUUUUAAAGCUCAUGGAUGCUUGUGCGUCUUUAAUUCAAUUGAUUCUCUUGGUUUUAUCGAGAACUGUAUUACUAAAAUAAGAACAGAAGCUGCCCAAAUGAGAAGAGAUAGAUUCAAGGCUAAUCUUCCUUUUAUUUUAAUACUGGCAAAUCAGAGAGAGAGUGUCUUCAAGAACUUGCCUAUUUUGGGGCUUCAAGGGCAGCAGCUUGCUAACAGAUUACAGUGUCACUUUGUAGAUGUUCCUUCUGGCACUUAUCCACGCAAAUUUAAUGAGAACCAGAUCAAGCAAGCAUUGCGAGGAGUUCUGGAGUCACUGAAACACAAUUUGGAUGCAAGCCCACUUCCUGCUAUAAAGGAUCUAUCAGAAGCUGACUUGAGAAUUGUUAUGUGUGCCAUGUGUGGAGAUCCAUUCAGUGUGGACCUCAUUCUUUCACCUUUCCUUGAAUCACACCUCUGCAGUGCUGCUCAACCAGGCCAGAAUAACUCAUUAAUGCUUGACAAAAUCAUAGGAGAGAAACGACGUCGUAUACAGAUUACUGUACUCUCAUAUCAUUCUUCUAUUGGAGUAAGGAAGGAUGAGUUGGUUCAUGGAUACAUUCUAGUUUACUCUGCAAGACGAAAAGCUUCUUUGGCAAUGCUUCGUGCAUUCCUAGCAGAAGUGCAGGAUAGUAUCCCAGUGCAGCUAGUAGCUGUCACAGAUAGUCAAGCUGACUUUUUUGAGAAAGAUACUAUCAAAGAAUUAAUGACUGAAGGAGAACAUAUUGCAACAGAAAUUAGUGCAAAAUAUACAGCUUUAUAUUCUCUUUCUCAGUACCACCGUCAAACUGAGGUAUUCACCCCAUUCUUUAGUGAAGUUUUGGAGAAAAAAAGUGUAAUUGAGAACUCAUACUUGUGUGAUAGCACUAGAGAAUCAAAUGCAAGUGAAGAUGUGUUCUUGCAAUCUCCCCGAGAGUGUUCUCCUGUCUAUAACUACUAUGUUGAUUCAGAGGAUGAUACUGAAGCUCCACCACCUUAUAGUCCAAUUGGAGAUGAUGUGCAGCUGCUUCCAACACCCAGCGACCGUUCAAAAUAUCGUUUAGAUCUAGAAGGAAAUGAAUAUCCUGUACAUAGUACUCCAGUUAAUUUAACACAUGACUUUGAGAGAAACCAUAAAGUGCCUCCACCUAUAAAGCCCAAACCAGCAGUGCCGAAACAAAAUGUCAAGAAACUGGAUCCAAAUCUUUUAAAAACAAUUGAGGCUGGAAUUGGUAAAAAUCCAAAGAAGCCUUCUAGAGUUCCUAUAGCACAUGAGGAUAUGGAGCCAACCGAUAAUUAUGCUGAUCCUGUGGAUACAGUUUUCAAACACAGAGGCUUUGGUGAUGAUAUUUAUGCUAUUCCUGAUGAUAGUCAGAACCGUAUUAUUAGAAUACGGAAUUCUUACCUUACAAAUAACUUGCAAGUGGAGGAAGAAAAUGGGUUUCCAACAAAGAUGUACAAUGAAAAGAGACCAUCAAAAUACAAGUAUAAAUCACAGACACUUUUCAGCAGAGCCAAGUCUUAUUAUAGAAGAGCACAUUCAGAUGCAAGUGAUGAUGAGCCUUUUCCAGCAUCUAAAACUAAAAAGAAAGGAAGGCAUCAUGGAAGUGAAGAAGAUCCAUUACUUUCUCCAGUGGAUACUUGGAAAAGUGGAAUUGAUAAUCCUGCUAUCACAUCAGAUCAAGAACAAGAUGAAAAGAAGCCAAAAAAGAAAAAAGCACCAAAGAUUAAGGAGCCUAAGAAGCAAAAACAAAAAACAAAGCCUUUCAAUCCACCUACUCGUAGAAAUUGGGAAAGUAAUUACUUUGGGAUGCCCCUGCAAGAUUUGGUUACCCCAGAAAAGCCUGUACCACUGUUUGUUGAAAAAUGUGUGGAGUAUAUCGAGACAACAGGUCUUUGUGCUGAAGGAAUUUACCGUGUCAGCGGAAAUAAAACCGAUCAAGACAACAUUCAGAAACAGUUUGAUCAAGAUAACAGCCUUGACCUGGAAUCGAUGGAGGUGACUGUAAAUGCUGUGGCUGGUGCACUUAAAGCUUUCUUUGCAGAUCUGCCGGAGCCUUUAAUUCCAUACUGUCUACAUGGAGAACUCGUAGAAGCAGCUAAAAUGACUGAUAUGACCGAGAAGUUGCACACAUUAAAGGAAAUUGUGAAGAAAUUCAACCCUGUAAACUAUGAAGUCUUUAAAUACAUAGUUACCCAUCUGAACAGGGUGAGCCAGCAAAGUAAAACAAACCGUAUGACAACUUAUAAUAUCUCCAUCUGUUUUUGGCCCACUCUGAUGAGACCAGACUUUGAAAAUAAGGAUUUGCGGUCAAAUACCGAACUCAAUCAGUCUGUUAUAGAGAACUUCAUUCAACAGUGUCAGUACUUCUUUUAUAAUGGUGAAAUUAUAGAACCUUCGGCAUCCGUGCCAUCUCAGCCAUUAGUGCCGAACACAUUGGGACAGUUGGUGGAACCACUUGUACCACUACCGCUACGGCCUCCUCCAAUGCAACCUCAGUUAAUACAGUCACAACCUCCAGACCCUCUCUGUAUUCUGUAGAAAGGAAUUCAUUUCAUCCUUCUCAAGUACUGGAUGUAAAUGUAUGCAUGUUUGAGGAUACUGAAUCUUCCAAAUAUAUGAACAAGAGUACACAGGCAAAACUAUGGGAACAUGUCUUUAAAAAGUCACACUGCACU